AUGACUCUCCCUGCCGUGCUCUCGCGGCGCUCGGUCGACAACGCCGAGGCCAUACGUGUCCACAACCAAAUUGAGGAAGAUCUCAAGCGAGAGCACGAACGGCUCAAACGCAGGCGACCUAGAGAAAUUAAAGUGAUACUACUUGGCCAAGCAGAGUCCGGCAAAUCGACUCUGCAGAAGCAGUUCCAGCUAUACUACGCGUCACAAACCCUCGAAUACGAAAAGCCGACAUGGCGUCCUAUAGUCUACUUCAAUAUACUCAAGGCCAUUCGUAUGAUCCUCGCCGAGGUCGAUUACGAAUACCUGUCUAACAAGGGAACCACAUCCGUCCCCCAGUCAAUAUCGCGGGGGUCUAGCGCGUCUGGCUCAGUGUCCAUACUCUCGGGCCAUGGUGAUAUAGACCCGGCAUGGGUGAUGGAGCUUGCGCAGCUCCGGAGCAAGCUCUUGCCCCUGGUGGCCAGCGAAGAGGCCCUCGCAUCAGAGCUGAGCGGAGGCAUUACCGUCAGCGGUGGCCGGUCAGGCUUGUACGUCCGCGCCGGCUGGCAGGCCCUCAGCACUGCAACACGGACGUUCCAGCUCUCCGACAUUCGCAACGGCAUGGGUCCCCGGGCGCCGGUCAUGACUGACAUCGUCGCGAAAACAUUAGUGGCGAACCAGGACGAGAUCGAGGACAUGUGGCAUCAUCCAGCCGUCAGGCAUCUGCUCGCGAUGAACAAAUUGCGUCUAGAGGAGUAUGCGCCAUUCCCGAUUAUCUUCCCACCGCAGGCAUGUUCAAUGUUUAACAUCACGCUGUUCGACAUCCUCCACGUCCGGAUACAGACGCUAGGGGUGAAGGAACACUCCUUCGAUGUUGAUAUGGCAGGAGUUACAUACAGCUGGCUGUUGUACGAUGUCGGUGGUGCCAGAGGUCAGCGACAAGCGUGGGUACCCUAUUUCGAAGACGCUACGGCCAUCAUUUUCCUGGCACCAAUCAGCGCAUUUGACCAGUACUUGGAAGAAGAUCCGCGGACCAACAGGAUAGAUGAUUCGCUGCAGCUGUUCACCUCUAUAUGCUCGAACAAGCUGUUGCAGAAAGCGGCGCUCGUCCUCAUGCUCAACAAGACGGACCUCCUGAAAGAGAAGCUGCAAGCUGGUAUCCGAGUGCGGAAAUACAUCUCUUCGUACGGAGAUCGGCCCAACACGUACGAAGAGGUCUCGGAGUACUUCCGCGCGCAUUUCAUCCAGGCUCACAAGCGCAAGGACGUGUACCACAGGCCAUUAUACGUCCACUUUACGUCCAUGCUCGACAUUAAGGCCACCCAACGCAUCAUCGUAAAUGUAAACGAGGCGAUCCUCCGAAAGCACAUGUCAACCAUUGGCCUGGCUUGAUGCCCCCAUUGCCGGCUCUCUCUUAUCUUUGGAUAUCUUCCUUGGUUAUAAUAUAGCAGAACGGAAUUGCUAAAGUAUUUGAAAUGGUAUCAGAAUAUCUCGACCGGUGCUCACAGUGAUGCCUUCGUAUCAUAGAACAAGAUUGUAUUACUUACUUCGACUUGGCUCCCAAUUGUCGCAUUCACGACGUCGUAAUCAUCGUAGUUACAGAGACUCGUCCCUAUAUUCAAAUACAAGUAUGUGGAAAAGUA